AUGGAAAAAAAAAGAGAAUCAAGCAUAACUAUUGCUAUGAUAUAUGGAAAAGAUUCAUAUAGAGCUCAAAGUAUAAGAAGAUGGGUAAUGCUAAGUUUAAAAGGCAAAACAAUACCUUUAAGUCUUCAAAGAAAACAUUCUUCCAAGUCCCUUCUGCAUGAUGAAUCAGUGUGUAUGCAUGUAGCUGAUUAUCUUAGAUCAAAUAAAUUUAAAAAGGGAAUUUAUGUUGAUGGUCAUGAGUUUCCUGACAUAUGUAAAAUAAGAACUUUACCAAUGUUAGAUUUAAAUCAAAAACUACAUAUCUUGGUAACACAUGAUGAGUCAACCUUUUAUGCAUAUGAUGGAGUGCAUGCUUUUUGGGAUCCACAAGAAGAACAAUCUUUGAGAAAAAAAGAGACAGGUGCAGGUUUACAUGUAAGUAAUUUUUUGAUCGAGAAUAUUGGACGACUAAAGGAUGAUGAAGAUGAAGCAUGA